AUGUCCAAGACCUUUUCAACCAGCGACGUCGCGUCGCACAACAAGCCCGAGGACUUGUUCAUCAUCGUCGACGGCGAUGUCUACGACCUCACAAAGUUCCAGGAUGACCACCCUGGUGGCAAGAAGAUCCUCCAGCGCGUUGCUGGCAAGGACGCCUCCAAGCAGUUCUGGAAGUACCACAACGAGGGCAUCCUGAAGAAGUACCAGGCCAAGCUGCAGGUCGGCUCCCUCGACUCCAAGCCCAAGGCCGCCCAGCCCGAUGCCGCCGCCGCCGCUCCCAUGCCUACCAAGAAGGCCGAGAAGAAGGUCAUUGCCAAGACUGAGGAGUCGGAGCCUUUGGACCCCUUUGGCGACAUGAUCCCCUACGCCGACCCGGCCUGGUACCACGCACACCACUCCCCGUACUUCAACGAGACGCACGCCGCUCUCCGUGCCGAGGUCCGCGAGUGGAUGACCAACAACAUCGAGCCCUACGUUACCGAGUGGGACGAGAAGAAGGAGGUUGACCCCGCGAUCUACAAGCAGAUGGGCGAGCGCGGCUACUUGGCUGGUCUGCUGGGUGUCCACUACCCUACUCAGUACACCAAGAACACCGUCGCGUCCGUACACCCCGACAAUUGGGAUCUCUUCCACGAGAUGCUCCUGACCGACGAGCUUUCCCGCUCCGCUUCUGGUGGUUUCGUCUGGAACGUCAUCGGUGGUUUCGGUAUUGGAUGCCCGCCGCUCGUCAAGUUUGGCCAGAAGUCUCUGGUCGACCGCAUCCUGCCUGGCAUCCUCAACGGUGACAAGCGCAUCUGCUUGGCCAUCACCGAGCCCGACGCUGGUUCUGACGUCGCCAACCUGACUUGCGAGGCCAAGCUGAGCGAGGACGGCAAGCACUUCAUCGUCAACGGCGAGAAGAAGUGGAUUACCAACGGCAUCUGGUGUGACUACUUCACCACCGCCGUCCGCACUGGCGGCCCCGGCAUGAACGGCGUCAGCUUGCUGCUCAUCGAGAGAGGCCCUGGUGUCACGACGAGACGUAUGGACUGCCAGGGUGUCUGGUCUUCUGGAACCACUUACAUCACCUUUGAGGAUGUUAAGGUCCCCGUCGAGAACCUUCUCGGCAAGAAGAACCAGGGUUUCAGAGUUAUCAUGACCAACUUCAACCACGAGCGUAUUGGCAUCAUCAUCCAGUGCCUCCGCUUCUCCCGCGUCUGCUACGAGGAGUCCGUCAAGUACGCCAACAAGCGCCGCACCUUCGGCAAGAAGCUCAUCGAGCACCCCGUCAUCCGUCUCAAACUCGCCCACAUGGCGCGCCAGAUCGAGGCUUCCUACAAUUGGCUCGAGAACGUCGUCUUCCAGUGCGAGAAGAUGGGCGAGACCGAGGCCAUGCUCAAGCUCGGCGGUGCCAUCGCCUCCCUCAAGGCCCAGUCCACCGUCACCUUUGAGUUCUGCGCGCGUGAGGCGUCCCAGAUCUUCGGCGGUCUGUCGUACUCCCGCGGCGGCCAGGGUGGCAAGGUCGAGCGCUUGUACCGUGACGUCCGUGCCUACGCUAUCCCCGGUGGCUCUGAGGAGAUCAUGCUGGAUCUCAGCAUCAGGCAGAGCAUGCGUGUGCACAAGGCGUUGGGUAUGAAGCUAUAA